CAGUAGCCGUCAUUAUUCCAAUCAAACAUUCUCUAAAUAGUCCCUGUUGCACUUGAGACCGUAAAAAAAUGCUUUGUUCAGUUAAUGUUAAAGUCCCCCCCGUCCCUCCUCUUCACUCUCUUAAAAACUCUUUAGGUUUUUCCAGCUGAGCGAUUCAGGCUGAGGCGGGCGCAACCGCACUAGAGGGGGAAGUCAAGUCGUGCUGGACUGGCGCGAUAUCCUCGCACGGUUUACAACUAAAGGAAGAUCUGACCCGCAUUUAAUCAUGCUUUAAAAUGACGGAAUAUGCUGAUUUUAAAAGUUGACCUGGGAUUUCUAGUUGUCGGCUGUUUGCGAGGCAUGGCUUUCCUUUUAACUUGCUUAUUUCUGUCUUGUUACAGUGCGAACAGUGUUUGGGGGAAUCAGCACAGUGAGACCAGUAUCUAUUUGGACAACAUCACGCGUAUAUUGGAUAGAUUACUGGAUGGCUAUGACAACAGGCUGCGACCUGGAUUUGGAGGUCCAGUUACAGAGGUCAAAACAGACAUCUUCGUCACCAGCUUUGGACCUGUUUCAGAUGUCGAGAUGGAAUACACCAUGGACGUGUUCUUUCGUCAGACAUGGAUUGACGAAAGGCUAAAAUUCGAGGGCCCCAUUGAGAUCCUGCGGCUCAACAACCUGAUGGUCAGCAAGAUCUGGACACCAGACACCUUUUUCCGGAAUGGCAAGAGGUCGAUCUCUCACAACAUGACCACCCCCAACAAGCUGUUCCGCAUCAUGCAGAACGGAACUAUCCUCUACACCAUGAGAUUAACUAUAAAUGCAGAAUGCCCCAUGCGUCUGAUGAACUUCCCGAUGGACGGCCACGCCUGCCCACUCAAGUUUGGGAGUUAUGCCUACCCCAUCAGUGAGAUUGUGUACACGUGGAAGAAAGGUCCUUUAUCUUCUGUGGAAGUGCCGCAGGAAUCAUCCAGUUUGUUGCAGUACGACCUCAUUGGUCAGACAGUAUCAAGCGAGAUGCUUAAAUCCAAUACAGGAGAAUACGUCAUCAUGACCGUCCACUUCCACCUCCAAAGGAAAAUGGGCUUCUUUUUAAUUCAGACUUAUAUUCCUUGUAUUAUGACGGUCAUCCUGGCCCAAGUCUCUUUUUGGAUUAAUAAGGAAUCGGUUCCAGCUCGGACUGUGUUUGGUAUCACUACCGUCUUGACCAUGACAACGCUAAGCAUCAGCGCCCGCCAUUCCCUCCCCAAAGUCUCCUACGCCACAGCCAUGGAUUGGUUCAUCGCUGUUUGCUUUGCCUUCGUCUUCUCCGCCCUGAUUGAGUUUGCGGCUGUCAACUACUUCUCCACCCUGCAGGCCAACCGGGAGCUUCGGAAGGCGGCAGCCAUGAAGGCGGCGGCUCAGGAGGCGGCGGCUGCAGCGGCAGCGGCAGCGGCAGCUCCAGCUGCAGCCACGGGGAACGACUCAGAGGUUUCCUCGGUGGAUGCCAGCAGCGUUCUGAAGAAGAGGAUGAACUCUGCCCCGCUGUUUGACCGCCCUGCCAAAACAUUUCCCAACCCGCCUGUCAAUGCCCAAGCGUUCCUGCAGCAAGGCUCAGCCGUACCGGCCAACAACGUUCUGACUGGCACCAGCAUCAUCGACAAAUACUCCCGCAUCCUCUUUCCCCUUUCGUUUGGCGCCUUCAACCUGGUCUACUGGAUCGUCUAUCUCACCAAGGACACCAUGGAGAUGUCCAGGGAUACCGUCUAAGCCCAGAGUUUGUCUUCCUGGAACUGACAAACACACUUUCAAACACAUUUGCAAACACACACACACACACACACACACACACACACACACACACACACACACACACACACACACACACACACACACACACACACACACACACACACACACGAAAUACAUGACAGACACUUGCCAAGCAUUCUUUUAUGCCGCAUCAGUGCAUUGUAUUGCUUUUUGAGCAGUCCCAUGGAAAGUGUGCAUUUGAGAGCAGAUGUACCAGCAGCUCCUAUUGCCAACUUGACCAGGGAGCUCAAAGCCAUGUGGGCCCCAGGCUUUGGAACUAUUUCAGACAGGUACUACAUCUCUCUGCCACUCUUAUUUAUUUAACUUCCCCAAUGUCUAAAAAAAAAGUUACAUGCUAGUACACUUUUUUUGAAGUGUCUGUUCUGUAUCCCCUGCCUAAAUGGAUGGGGCAUGUCCUAACGCUAGCUAGGCUGCAGAGCCAGAGGUAGAGCCACUGUACUGAGCUACUUUGCAUUUGUUUUCUGUGUGCGUGCAACAUGCAUGGAUUUCCAGACAUUAGAGUGAUUUUGCAUGUGUGUUAGGAAUGACACAUUCCCUUCCCCGAUAAUUAGAACACACUUGAGGGAAUGAGUGUACUCAUUUGUCCUGACUGAAUCCAUUGUGACUGACUGAGUUGCAGGAACUCUUCGCUGCCAGCUCGCUCGCCCCCCCCCCCCUCUAUUUUAUUGGUUCAUUGACUUAAUUUCCCUCUGCUGAUGGAGUACACAGGAUGUGAAGCAAAAUCUUCAAAGGAUUUAUAUGGUGUGUUCCACAGAUACAUUGGCCCAGUUGAAUAUUCACUGUCACAUGCACAUGCAGAUGGAGAAACAUGCACAUACAAACACUAAAAGUACAUAUCACUCACUUGCACUUUAUGUUUUGCAUUUUCACAAUGGUCCGAUUAUAUGUCCUAGAUUUCCUAUCGACAAAAAUAAACUUUGAUACAUCAGUGCAUGAAUUUAGCAUAAACUAACUUGUUACAGCUCAAAGCUGUGAUCCAUCUGGUAACAGUUUUUAAAAGAAUAAUUACACAACCACACAGUACCUGCCUACAGGCGCAAGAGAAAAGGAUUCUGCAAAAACAAAUGUUCAUGUUUAAGUUUGCCAGACAAGUAAAGGAAGUCGGCAGAAUAAGAUUGAAUGGUGAAAUCUAUGACAUGAGUUUGAACACAGUGGAUGGAACGUUCUCAUGUCAGAUGUUCAUUAAAAAAAUUAAAAUAAUAAAAAAAAAAAAUCACACAUUUAACUGCAAAUUCACAUUACUUGCUAUAUAUAUGAAGUUUUUAUGAAGCAUCAGUCUCCCUUUCCCCAGAGAAGAUUCAGGCCUUUGUGUGUUCGCACUGUUAGCAUUUAUUUUUUAAUGUUUCUGUUUAGUUUAGACAUUUUAAUUGAACUUAAAGGAUUCCCACACUGGUUGCCAAUUAUUUCUUGAGAUGACAGCCAUCGCUGCCAGUUUUCAUUACGCAAAAAAGCAGCAAAAAAUAGAAAAUUAAACCUAUCAUCAUCAAUUAUACAAAAUGCCAAAACAUAUUCAUUAAUAAUCCCCUUGUGUGGAUUUGCAUAUGAUUAUGCAAUGUUUCCAAUUAAGCAGCGAGUGUAACAUGUUAAAGCCAUGUGGUGUCUAAAUAUAAGCUGGUGCGUUUACUUCCUCAUGACAUCCAUCAUCUACGAGGAUGUUCCCAUUAAAGGCGUCUCUUAAUAACACGGGCGCCUUUUGAAAUGAAAAACCUGAACACCAAACCAAAAGAUUACAGUAGUCUUGAAAACUGUACUUCCAAUGGCUGUUUAAUAUGCAUGUUAAAAAACAAAUCCAUACAACUGGAGGAAAAACACACUGACGAUUCUAUUUAUAGAAGUUCUUUAACAUGAGGUAAUAUGAUUUCCUUGCUCUUUGAUAUUCCCUUUGGAAAGGAAGUCUUUUAUUUUCUGUAAGUAUUUGUAUUUUAUACGCGUACUUUCUUGGUUUUGUGAACAGACCAGCAUGACCGGGCUCAGUUCAACAACACUGAUAGCCUAAAGUAGAUCAACAAUGCAAGAGUAAAGAAAAAAAGAAAAUAUGCAACACAACAAAAAAUGCAAUAUAGACUCUGGUUGGGUUCCAUUUCUUAAAACAAUACCAUAUUCUGACAUUGCAAAGCUUUCAUGAACUAGUUUCUAACCAGCAACUCGAGGAAUAUCAAUAUUGGAUGAUUCUUCACAUCCUCGGAUUAUGUCCAGUGCCAAGGAUUAUACAUUGUUGCUUUCUAUAAUAUCUCUGCAUGGCAGUUGUGGUAUGACCACAGUAAGGUUAGGAUUAGAUGACUAAAACGCUUUGUUAGGGUUAGGAAAAGACCAUGGAUACACUUAAUAAAAUGCUUCAGUAGCAGGUCUGUGAAGGCGUGGAAGGUCUACAUGAAGAUCUGAUCUGUUAGACUUGGACUCUUGUGUGCCUCAGAUCUUUGUUCAGUUGAUACGGAAAUGAUGUGUAACUAUGACCGAAUGUUGUAAAUUAUGGAGCACGAAAGGAUUUGUUUACUUUAGGGCCUGCUGUUGCAUGUUCUUUUUUCUUUCACGUGUACACGAGAGGACUAAACGAACAGUGGUGUCGGCCUGUAUGAACUGUCUUUGUACCUUCCUUCUUCCUCUACUUCAUCCAUCAUCCUCCUUCCCCUCUGUCUUUGAGGCGGAAGAGAUGGGGGCAUUUCAACCCUUAUUGCCCUGCAUGUCAGGGCCGUUUUAUGGGAAAACCUGACUGCCGUUGAACUUGGACUGCUGCUGAACUGCCGGCUCAAACCCCAGCGGAGCCUCGGAGCAUCGGCGACCUUCCACCUCCAGCAGUGACUGAGCGUUUUCCUGCAGGAUAAGUUGAAUCGUCCAACGGAAAUAAAGCAGGGUGUGUAUGUUUGCGUGCGUGAACGAGUGUAGUGUUUUUUUUUUUAAUAUGACUGAGCUUGUUUGCUUUCAUCGGUGACCUAAUUGAUCGGCCCUCUGACCCCAGCCUAGCUGCUCAGCUCCACACACCACCGCGAGAAACCACUCUUGCAUGACCUCCGACCCUCUAUGUGCUUGUUAGGGUUGUUGAAUGUAGAAGGUUGUGAACUCCAUAGAAUAUAGAAUUCUAUUGCUAUGGUGACUGCGGCCACAAAAUGCCCUUUAGUCAUUUUGUUUCAUUCCACAGGCAUGGGCUUUGUUGAUUCUUUCAUUUAGCAAACGUCAACCCCCUCUUCUUUUCAUUUCUACACUGUCAUUUGCCUAAAAAUCAUGGCCACAAUUUAGAAGACAAUGAAUGCUCUACAUUGUUAUUUUACGUGUAUAUUUUGUGAAUAUUAUUAAGUAUUUAUGUAGGUUGCUACUUGUGUUCCCUGCGUGAUGAUGGGCUACACUGCAUUAAUCAUUUGUACUGGUUUGAAUGACAGACAACAGCUUUUAUAUUUUAACAGCUUACUUCCUCCACAUUUGUUCCUUAUACACGUUGCUCACCAUUCUUUUUUUUUCUUUUUUUGGUCAUGAAGAGGGCUUGUUUUUAUUGCAACAGAAUGAACAUUUGCAUAUUCAGGUCUUUUGUCCCCUGUUAAUAAAUGAACCCUUACUCACUUUCCCCACAGGAUUGUAUAUUACUAUGUUCAAUAAAGCCAGAUUAUGUA